AGGAGUCACGUCUUAGCCAAUCGCUUCCUCCGGAAGUAGGUGGGGAAGUGUAGCUGUUGACUGCUAGUCGGGUUGCCCUGGUGGCUGUUCUUGGCUUUGUAGCUGACCCAAGAUGGCGGCACAAACACAGAGCGGGAUUCGGCUCAGCGCGCUAUGUCCAAAGUUUUUGCAUACAAAUUCUACCAGUCACACAUGGCCUUUCAGUGCAGUUGCUGAACUGAUAGAUAAUGCCUAUGAUCCUGACGUGAAUGCUAAGCAGAUAUGGAUUGAUAAGACUGUUAUAAAUGACAGCGUAUGCUUGACUUUUACUGACAAUGGAAAUGGCAUGACUUCAGAAAAGCUACAUAAAAUGUUAAGUUUUGGCUUUAGUGAUAAAGUUUCAAUGAAUGGUCGAGUUCCGAUUGGAUUAUAUGGAAAUGGAUUCAAGUCAGGCUCAAUGCGUCUGGGUAAAGAUGCAAUUAUUUUUACUAAAAAUGGUGAAAGUAUGAGUGUGGGCUUACUGUCACAGUCCUACCUGGAAGCUACAAAAGCAGAACAUGUUGUUGUCCCAAUAGUAGCAUUCAACAAAGACCGACAGAUCUUAAAUUUAGCUGAAUCAAAAGCUAGUCUAAGAGCACUUCUGGAGCAUUCUUUAUUUUCUACGGAACAGAAGUUAUUGGCUGAACUUGAUGCUAUUAUGGGUAAAAAAGGAACAAGAAUUAUCAUUUGGAAUCUUAGAAGAGACAACAAUGGAAUAACAGAAUUUGACUUUGAUAUGGAUAAAUAUGAUAUUAGAAUACCUGAAGAUUUAGAUGAAACAGGGAAAAAAGGGUACAAAAAGCAAGAAAGAAUGGACCAAAUUGUUCCUGAAAGUGACUAUUCCCUGAGGGCUUAUUGCAGUAUACUUUAUUUAAAACCAAGAAUGCAGAUCAUUUUACGAGGACAGAAAGUAAAGACACAGUUGGUCUCCAAAAGUCUUGCUUACAUUGAGCGCGAUGUUUAUAGACCCAAAUUUUUAGCUGCUAAAACGGUAAGAAUUACCUUUGGAUUUAACUGCAGAAACAAAGAUCAUUAUGGGAUAAUGAUGUAUCACAAAAAUCGGCUCAUCAAAGCUUAUGAAAGAGUUGGUUGUCAGUUAAAGGCAAACAACAUGGGUGUUGGUGUAGUUGGAAUUAUAGAAUGUAACUUCCUAAAGCCAACUCACAAUAAACAAGAUUUUGACUACACAAAUGAGUACAGGCUUACCAUAGCGGCUCUGGGAGAAAAGCUAAAUGAUUAUUGGAAUGAAAUGAAAGUGAAGAAAAAUGCAGAGUAUCCUCUAAAUUUGCCUGUUGAAGACAUGCAGAAACGGCCUGACCAGACUUGGGUUCAGUGUGAUUCCUGCCUAAAAUGGCGAAAACUACCAGAUGGAAUAGAUACUCUUCCUGAAAAAUGGUAUUGUUCCUUGAACCCUGAUCCUCAGUUCAGGAGUUGUAGUGUACCGGAAGAACCUGAAGAUGAUGAUUUGGUGCAUCCCACAUAUGAAAAAACCUACAAAAAAAAAGAUAAAGAAAAAUUCAAGAUGAAACGACUGGAGUUUAACCUUCAGUCUUGUAAUGAAUUAUUAUGUAUGAAAAGCCACUCUGUCUCUUCAAGUAAAGACUUCACCACCCCAGUGAAGGAAAGUAUUCCAAGAUCACAUCUGACACCUCAAUCAGACUUUGACAACAACAGCUUAAAACGGAGAUCUUCUGGGUGUUUGAAUCUUUCAAAUGCAAAGGUUGCAAAAUAUGAUGAUGAUGAUGUGAUUAUCUUAGAAGAGAACAGCACCCCCAAACCUACUGUAGAUUCUGAUGUUACAAUAGUAAAAAUUGAACAGAUUCUUAUAGAGCAAAACGAUAGUCAGCCUGAGAUUGUUGCUGACAAAGAACCUUGUGAGCAAACUAGUUCACUAAUCAGUUCAGUAUCCAAUUCAGGAUGUGAAUCUGAACAGAAGACUGCUGGAACACAAACUGAAGUUCCAAAUUUAACAGUUAAAAAGGAAGAAGUUAUUGAAGACAGCAUAGAUGAGCAAAGUACUACACAGCCAGCCAUUUUAGAGGCUGAAGCAAACAAGGAAGAUAGCCUGAAUAUAUUCGAUAAAUCUUCAGAUGACAUUGGAUUCCAAUUAAAUGAACUUCGAAAUGAAUUACUGUUUGUCAAUGAAGAAAAAGAAAAUUAUAAAAGACAAUGUGAAAAGUUAAGUGAAAAAGUGAAAACAUUAGAAAUGAAGAUAGUUGAAAUGAAUGAUAACUAUGUGAAGAAGGAAACUUGUCAUCAGUCAACUGAAACAGAUGUUACAUUUUUACUUGAAAAUGUUAAUGGAAAUUCUGAAAGUCCAGAUCAGAUGACAUUUCAAAUAGAGCAAACUCUGAAGGAGAUAGAAAAGUUGACUGAACACUGCAACAUGUUGCAAAAUCUGAAAGCUGAAUGUAGUAAAUGUUCAAGCAAUGAGAAUAAAACGGAAGUGGAUGAAAUGGCUGUACAACUUGAUGAUGUUUUCAGACAACUGGACAAAUGCAGUAUUGAAAGAGACCAGUAUAAAAGUGAGGUGGAAUUAUUAGAAAUGGAAAAAACCCAAAUUGGCUUUCAGUGUGAAGAACUCAAAACUGAAGUUGAACAGUUAAAAGCCACGGUUUCACAAAUGACAAGAUCAGAUGAUUCAACAACUAGUAACAUUGAAACUUCUAUGAAUUACUCUGAUAGGGAAAGCCUCAAACUUCGAUCCCUUCGAGUUAAUGUGGGCCAGCUGUUGGCUUCGAUUAUGCCUGAUCUAGAUCUACAGCAAGUAAAUUAUGAUAUUGAUGUAGUUGAUGAAAUUUUAGGACAGGUCGUUGAACAAAUGCAUGAAAUCAAUAGUACGUAAAGUAUUAUUUUCUGUGAAAUGAUUUCUCAGUAUUUCUGUUGUACAGUUUUCAAGAUGUAGGCAGUAUUAUUCUUUUUUUAUGGUAUAGUAGGUAAUAAACUAAAGUACCAAUUAUGCCUACUGAAAAAAUACAUAUUCUAUGCACUCAAAUAUUCCCACAAACGCUGUGGCUACUUUGUCAUAAUUUUAAAAAAUACUGAAAGGUGUUGAUCUUUAGCCAGAAACCGUAUUACAAAUAUAAAUGUAUUUAUAAUUAAGUCUGCAUAUAUUUUUUAUGAUGAGAAAUGGGACUUUGGUGUUUUCGCUAAAAGCUUUUCCGAUCACCUCCGACCUUUGUGCAAUCUUUCCAGUCCUUCAAAUUAUAUUUUCCCCCCUAAAAUGAGGUAUUGUGCCACAAUUUAAAUGGAGAAUUUUCCUUUAGCUUUCUUACAAAAAGGAUCUUUGGGAAUUUUUACUUUAAUCUACCUAUUUUUGACUGAGAUUAGUGCCUGCUUUGUGAACCAUUUUUAGUAAAGAUGGCUUCCUAUCUUUGAAAUUGGACAUUCUUUAAAACAGUGUAGCAAUAAGUGGUUAUAUUGGUUUUCCUGUUGACUUAUCCUUAUAGUUAUAUAACACUUUGAUCCCAUUUUAAUUUCAAUACCACACUUUUCUCCUACAGAGAUUGCCAAUCAUAUUGAAUAAGAGAAGUGUUUUUUAAGAAAUGGGGACAGAUAAUCUUUAAGUAUCAGAAAAUAAGAAGGUUGACUAUAUGUGUUUAAUAUACAUCAUGAAACUCAUUUUUGUCUUUUUGUGAAAAUGAGUGUGAUUUUCUAUUUAUUUUUAAUUUUUUGAAGUUUUCUGUGCUUUUUAGGCUAUUUUUUUAUUUCACUGGAUGUUCUCUUGAGCAAUAUUACAUUCUUAGUUAUGUUACCAACUUAAAUAUUCCUCUAAAGUUAAUUGGAACUAUUGCUCUAGUAUUGUAAUGUUGCAAACUGUAUUGCAUUAUUAUGCCUUGUAUUUGCUGCAUUUUGGUGGAAUUUCUAACAUGUGACUGUUUCUAUUACAUGUAACAAUGUAUGUGUGUAUAUAAACAAUUCAAAACCUUAUUUUUCUCAAUUAAAGUGUGGGGUUUUUCCAAAUCAUUUAUUAUUUAUUUAAUUUUUUUCCGGAACUACUAUUCAAUUCUUGUAUAGGAUACUUUUUUAAGGUAUGCAUAAAUACAUUUAGAUCAUAUUAAGAUAAUAAAAUUUUUAUGGUACAUAAGGACCCAAAAGCAGCAAGUAAAUGGAUUUGGUUAUUAUCUGGUUGAUAAAGUGAUUAAAAGUGUAUUUUUUGUAUGAAAUGAUUUUCUGUCAAACUUGUAAUUGGUCAAGUUUUUUAAAAAACUUACAAUAAACUACAUAAUGGCUAACUUCA